AUGCCCCACGUUAUCGAAGCACUCCAGCGACCGCAGCGAGACCCGGAUCAGCUCGCGCGCGAAAGAGAUCAACGCUACGACGAACCCCCGCCGCCGUAUACGGAAUCGGGCGAGACCACUCAGCCUCCAAGUCCUGGCAUUCCUGUCGUUGUGGGAGACGUGGUGCAGGAGCAGUCCCGACUACGCAGAAUUCGGCAUAAGUCGAUGCCGCUCGACCAGUUUAAAGCCCAAGCUAAGCGCGAGGAGGAGAGGCUUCGCGAUCAGCGUUUCGAGGGGCGCUGAGGCCGGAGACGUACUCUGCCAUUUGACGAAGCCACUGACGACGGAGCCAACGCAGAAAACAAUGUGCGAGCUCGCUGGGUCGAGCAGGGCAUCUGGGGAGACGGAUGGGGCCCAGCCUGGCCUCCGGGCAUCCGUCCGCGGGGGUUGGGAGAUAUGCCAGCGCCCAGCUAUGACGGGCCAUUCUAUGGCUCUUACAGCCUGGCCGCUUCGGACUUGCGACCGGGUUGUCGAUGGGGCCAUGAGCAAGGAGACACACCCUCGCCCUCGCCCUCCCCGCCGCCGCCGCGGCCUCGAACUCCCGAUGCUCUCCUCUUUGUGCCCAGGUCCAGGCCCUGAUCCCCCCACCUCCACCACGCCCUCGUGUUCAAAUCGCCUUCGUUCUACCUGACGACAGAGUCGUAGUACGUGUCGCAAAGCCUACCGUGCGCGAUCCCGAAGCGUCCCGGCCCCUACCGCAAUUCUUAUAUCAGGUCGCGCAAGAGCGCGAGUGGAUAAAAGACGAGACUGCGCAUAAGACACCAGGCAGGGCAGUCGACCUCGAUUUUUUAGCGUACCAAAGCGUCAAACAGAACUGGACCAAGGAUGGUAUCUAGAGCCCAAAAUGGAAUGGCGAACUGCCUGGCUCAUCGUGGUAUCACGAGGAACCUGAAUCAUGGGGGCCCAUAGACCGCCAGCGCCCUCUCCCUACUUGGUGGACUGAAACUUUUCAACAGCCUGCUGGUCUCACUGCCGAGGAGUCUCGACGACAAGCUCGCAGGCGUGGAGACGCCAGUGCCUCACCCGCUCUUGAUCAGAACCGUCGUCCCGUCCCUGCAUCAGCUUCACAAGACAGCAAUCAUGCCACCAGCAAUACCUCGAACGAUGUGCCUAAAGACAUACCCGACACUCCCCAUGCGGAAAGUCUACUUCGCAGACGGACCCGAAACACACUAGCUCAGCAGGCUGCAGUACCAGAAAACGCACCGCAUCGAGCACAAGGACCUCGCCGGUCGCUUCGACGCGCCACAACAACGAGGCCAGACAACCAAGACGGGCUUGGUCCCUCUUCUACCCAAGCUCGGCGUACAAGACCCAAGCGCGGUCGCGGCGACGGAACAGCCGAAACCGAACAGCCAGCACCGCCGCCGAAGCGGGCCAAGAAGAGUGGCGGGGGCAAGGGUCGCGGAAGCACAGCGAGCGAUGGCCCGACAGAAACAACAAGCGGUCAGCGGGAGAAGCUACCGGCAACUGGAAAUACCGCAGUGGAAGGAGCAAGAACAACAGAAAGCGAGAGUAUUAGAGAUUCUCAGAAGGGGGGGACCCGUCGCAGCGCGAGGAUUGCCAACCGGCAGGCUGCGGCUGCUGUCGCCAACAUGACGCAAACGGCACCAGCAAGUUCAAGGCCAAGAAGAGUCGCAAAGAAGGACAAAACUACAUCUAGCGAUACGCAGGUCGUGAUAGCGCCAAAGAGUAG